UUAUUGAAGGAAAGAAAUGUCACAACUGUUGAUAAAUAACAAUUAUUUCUAUCUUAUCUUUAAAACAUAGACUUUUAAGAAAUUAGGAUUACAUAGUGAUAGAAUAAAUGGCAAGAGUUGCAAGAAUAGCGUUGGACUUCGCUUUGGCAACUGCUAAAGUCGCCAAGCCUGCUAUUGGUACAGCGUGGCAAUAUGCAAAAAUUGAAAUGGCACCGCCGUUUACUACUGCAUAUCUUGCCGGACGAGGUGGUCGCAAAAUAGAAGAUUUUGCAUCAAACACAGCAAACAAUUUCAUAACAACGCUAAAAUCUAUGAUACGUGACAUAGAAGCAGAACAAUUAAGGCAAAUAAAACUAAAAGAAGAAGCUGCCAAAGCGGCAUUAGAGAAAUUAAGACAAGCCGAAGAGAAAAAAAUUAAAAGCAAAAAGGUAGUUGCAAAGAAAAUACCUAAAAAAGCCCAAUCACCUAAGGUUUUAAAAGAAAGCAAGAAAAGACCACCAGAAAAGAAACCAAAAAAAGACCCUCCCAAGAAAACUGGUCCGAAAAGAAACCGACAGAAACCCAAACGAAGAGGCAAAAAGUGAAAAACUGAACAAACAAACAUUUUGUACGUUAUCAAUAUCUUUGAGUAUUUGAAUAUAAUUUGUGACAUUUCAAACUUAUUUUUUGUUAAUUGUAAUAUUGUAUUAUGUUUUGGCAUCUAAUUUUUCUUAACUCACUCAUUCUAAUUAUUAAAAAAAAAUUUGCGUAUUGAA